AUGGCCAAACCUCUGGAUCACAUCAAGAGACCCAUGAACGCCUUCAUGGUCUGGUCCCGGGGUCAGAGGAGGAAGAUGGCGCAGGAGGACCCCAAGAUGCACAACUCAGAGAUCAGUAAGCGGCUCGGCGCGGAGUGGAAGCGGCUGUGCGACGCGGAGAAGCGGCCGUACAUCGAUGAAGCGAAGCGACUGCGCGUCCAGCACAUGAAGGAGCACCCGGACUACAAGUACAGACCGCGGAGGAAAGCGAAGAGCGCGCGGAGGGAGCGCUACCUGUUCUCCAUCCCAGCGCUGCUCGGGGACGCGCCCGCGGCUCUGCUCGGGGACGCGCCUGUGGACUCGUUUCUGACGGCGGGAGAAAAGGCGCGAGGGCUGCUGGGACCGCGCUCCACGUCUCUUCUGGAGCAGAAUAUGAUGAUGGGUCACUUCAGCCCCAGCCCGCUCCCCUUCAGUGCAUUCGGGCUCCACUCUCACCACCACCCUCCUCCUCCGGCCCAUAGUAGUCCUCUGGGAGCCUGUCCCGGGGCCCACAGCGCUGGCUACAUGGUGCCCUGUGGAUGUGCCCCUCCCUGGGCCUCUCUGCAGCCUCAAGUGGCCUACAUCCUGUUCCCCGGGCCAGGAGGAGGCGCUAAAGGACUGGAGGGGUACGGACCAUCCACCACCGUGUGA